GUUCCAUCCAAUGUUCAACCAGCUGAUUCGAACACUGCCAGCCGUCGCUUCGCGAUGCGUUGUGGCACGAGCGUCCGCACGAUCCAUGCACGCCGUCAGCGCCGCCGCGCUCGCAGGCAAGCCGCAGAUCAACGCCAGUGCUGCUGCAGUCACUGCCACCACCGCCACCGUCGUCAAGGGCAAGACCCCCGCCGAGGGCCCCGAGAUGACCUUGUACCCUGGCGCCACUGCUCCGUUCACGGACAAGCUCGAGUUUCUGCGCAACGGCACCGACCGCGGCCCAAUCCCUUGCUAUCGCAUCAUGGAUCGCACCGGCACCAUCCUUGACGGCUCGCAGGAUCCAAACUUUGAUACUGCCACCCUCGAGAAGAUGUACGUCACAAUGUCGCGCCUCAACGUCAUGGACGGUAUCCUGUACGAGUCGCAGCGCCAAGGCCGCAUCUCGUUCUACAUGACCAACUAUGGCGAGGAAGCCACGCACAUUGGCAGCGCUGCUGCUCUCGAUGACCGGGACAUGGUGUUUGGCCAGUAUCGCGAGGCUGGCGUCCUCAUGUGGCGCGGAUUUACCCUUGACGAGUUUAUGAACCAGUGCUACAGCAACAGCAAGGAUCCCGGCAAGGGCCGUCAGAUGCCUGUGCACUAUGGCUCCAAGCGCCUCAACUUCCAGACCAUCUCGUCGCCGCUUGCGACCCAGAUGCCCCAGGCCGCCGGCGCCGCCUACGCCUUCAAGCGAGCUGGCAACGGUCUUGCCGUUAUCUGCUACUUUGGCGAGGGCGCUGCCAGCGAAGGCGAUGCCCAUGCCGCCUUCAACAUUGCAUCCACCACCGAUGCUCCGUGCAUUUUCUUCUGCCGUAACAACGGCUACGCCAUCUCGACCCCUACUCGUGAUCAGUACCGUGGCGACGGCAUUGCAAGCCGCGGCGCCGGCUAUGGCAUUGACACAAUCCGCGUUGACGGCAACGACGUCUUUGCCGUGUACAACGCGACCAAGGCCGCCCGCAAGUUUGCCGUCGAGCAAAACCGUCCCGUGCUGAUUGAGGCCAUGACUUACCGUGUGGGACACCACAGCACAAGCGACGACUCGUCUGCAUAUCGUCAAGCCACUGAGGUCAAUCGCUGGGUCAAGGAGGACCACCCCAUUACCCGCCUGCGCUUGUACAUGGAGAAGAAGGGCCUGUGGGACGAGGCUCGCGAGCAGGCACUCAAGAAGGAGGCCCGUGCUCAAGUGCUCGACCACUUCCAAAAGGCCGAGACGGAGCUCAAGCCCGCAAUCAAGCACCUCUUCACCGAUGUGUUUGACACUGUGCCGCUUCACUUGCAGCGUCAGCAAGAGGAGAUGCGCGCGCACAUUGCCAAGUAUCCCGCCGACUAUCCCACGCAGUUGUAUGAGAAGGAUUGAGGAGAGUGUGGUGUAUGUUGUCCGAGUGUUUUCAUGCACAACUGAAAUGAAAAAAAUCCAAGGGUGUUU